GAAUACCGUACCUCAGGCUCCAGAGCCUGCUGAAGCCUUGCAACUCUGAGUUUUUAACAGUCCUGAACACGAUGAUGAGUCUCCAGAACUCCCCCCCUAGAUAGCUCGUAAAGGAAGGGAGCUGGGAACUGGGGCGGCGUGCCUUAGACUGCAGGUUGCUGUAUUGAUCAGCCAGCUCGUCAAGCGUCUGAACAUAUCUCAGGGCCAAAAAGCUGGGCACCAUUUGAGUAUUGUUAUUGUCUUGACAGCAAGAUCCCUCCUAAUAGGCCGCGAGCACACCAGGUGUCUGCUUUCCUGGUGCUUAAUUAAUGAAUGACUAAGAUGUCGCUUGCGGGGGAGGUGAAGAACGUGUUUGUAUAUGGGAGCCUGCUGGCUGAGGAGGUCGUCCGGAUCUUGAUAGGACGGAUCCCUCCCUGUGCUGCUGCAUACUUGACGGACUAUCACCGCUACAGCAUCGAGGGCAGGUCUUAUCCUGCCAUUGCCCCGAAGAACGGUGGGCGCGUUGUUGGACUUGUCUAUUUCGACCUGACGGACCACGAGCAGGCCGUCUUCGACGAAUUCGAAAGCGAGGACUACGAGCGGUGCUUGGUCGAUGCGGUUCUUAUGGUCGAUGGGACAAGCGGAGCUGGGGAUCCAGAAGACUCGCCGGCUCUUCCAUCACAAUCGCAAACAGCGGGGGCCGCUCGAACAGUGGAAGCGCAUGUUUACUCAUGGGCGGACCCGCACGACCCUCAACUGUACGGGACUUGGGACUACGAAGAGUUUCGGGAAAAGGGGAUGCCGAGCUUUCUUCGGAUGUGCUCUGUUUUCAGAACGGAGAUGAGUAGACAGUGGGGCCCGCCGCCUGCGCCUGUUGAGUAAUCUUAUUCAUUCAUAGAACACUCGGACGGAAGGAGUGUCGACGCAGAGACAGACAGCAUUGUUCGAGGACAAUAUGUUGUCGUUUUUCAGUCACCUAUUGGAAUAGGUAACACUUUGGCACUGCAAGGCCGCUGAAGAUUAUUAUUUCAUUGCUCGCUUAGAGAAGGCCAUAGGUAUUACAGGAUCACAUUACAAAGCAUGCCCUAAAUCAAAGCUCAUCUGUACAGGAACAUUCUCGUAGAAACAUGGUGCAAGGUCAAUAUCGUUGCAGAAAAUCCUUUCCCACUGUCAAUCAAG